CUCACGAGCCUUCAGUAGCACUAAACCGGACUAAAGGUUACGACUGUUGUUAACCAUUAAGUUAUCAAAUGCUAAUGUUAAAGGAAGGUCCUUCUUAGCUUAGUUUAUCUAAAAUGUUUACUUACUACAGUUUCAAUGAGGCUUUAUCUGUCACAGGAAGUUUCACAGUAAAAGAAAGUGUCAAUACAGGGAAGGAAGUGGACGUUUUAUCUUAUUACACGUGUUACGUGAAACUGGUGCUACUCCCUUCUACUGCAUCAUGUUUACAUAUUGCACGCGGUUGUUGGCACGUUUUUUUUUAAUGACACUUCUGAUGCAACAAUUAAGAAGUACUUGACAGGUGUAAGAAAUUCAGUCUCGCAAAACGCCCCCGGUAGCUGCAGAUGACGCUGGUGUGAUUGCUGUUACAAGUGGAAAUGGUCGUGAACUCUCUCCAGGAAGUAGGCGACUCGAAAUUCGUCACUUGAAAUUCCUGCAGCAUGUCGGACAAAUAUUUGGAUACUCCUCAGUAGCCUACAUUUAAAAAAAAAAAAAAAAAAAAAAAAAGCCAUCCCUGACCAGAUUUGUUGAACCGUGCUGGAUAAUUUACUUCACAAUAUGUUAUUGCUCUGAAAACCGGGAAAAUGGCACGAACACAAAUCAUGAGGUAGGUUCAAGGGACAGGUGUCACAGCAGCUUCAUCUCAUUUAAAACAAAAAGACAAGGCUUCAUCGGCUAAUUAAAGAGGCGGUUGCUAAGGGAUGACAAUCUGUGACAUUGGUGAGAGUCUCUGAUGUGGAGCAGCCUGAAGCUCGACUUCUCCAGGUUCUCUGUCCUCCACGCGUCUUGUCUGUUCUCGGCUCAUGCGAAGGACGCGGAAAAAAGGGACUCUCAAACACCAUGGCAGCUUUUACUGCUCCUUGCGCCACCACCACCACCACCACGACACAGACAGCGCGGCGAAGGCGAGGAGGCAGCGAGAACGGGGAUGUGGGACAGAACACUAUCGUGGAGAAAACCCGGGAGUUCUUCCAGAUGUGUGACAUCGAGAGCAAGGGCUUCAUCACCCAACGGGACAUGCAGAGGCUGAGUGCCGAGCUCCCUCUCAGCGCGGAGGAGUUGGAAAACGUGUUUGUUACCCUCGAUUCCGACGGCAAUGGAUACCUGACGCUGGACGAGUUCUCCUCCGGCUUCAGUGAGUUCUUAUUCGGUCGGAAGAUUUCUGUAGCGGAAGGCAUGGGGGAGAAGAACGCCUGUAAGAGCCCAGCAGAGGUCCUGUACCAGAGCCGGUGGGAGGAGAGCAUGGCCAGAGGAGAUGAGGAGGAGGAGGAAGAGGAGAAACACUUCUGCAUGCUUAUGGAGAGCCUGGGAGCCAACAGUGUCUUUGAAGAUCGCGCUGAAGUGCGCAGUUUGUGGGCCCAGCUGAGCCGAGAUGAACCCCACCUUUUAUCCAAUUUUGAGGACUUCCUGGCCAGAGUGACAUCCCAGAUCAUAGAGGCCAACCAGGAGAAGAGGGACAUGGAGAGCGCUCUCAAGAGGAAAGCAGCAACACACGACGAUGAGAUCCAGCGCCUUUAUGAGGAAAUGGAGCAACAAAUAAAAACUGAAAAAGACAGGAUUGUGCUGCAGGACUAUGAGCGCUUUCUGUCUCGCAGUCAGGACAUGGAGCUGCAGCUGUCUGGUAAGGAGAAAGAGCUGGAGCAGCUCUUUCAGAAACAGAGACGGUCGGAGCUUGAGUGCCAGGAGCUUCAAAGUGAGCAACAUGUGACCAAGGUGGAGAACGUGAAGCUGAAGCACAAGAAUGAUGAGUUGGCACGGGAGCUGGACCACACCAGCCAAGAGCUGGUCUUGGCGCAGGUCCAGCUGAAUGUGCUGCAGGAGCAGUCCACGCGGCUUCAUGAGGACAAGGAGAUUGAAAUAUACAGACUGACUGAGGGACUGCAGCGAGAGCGAGCGGGCCUCCUCAAACAACUGGGCCUCUUGAGGGAAAUGAACAAACAUUUACGGGAUGAAAAAGACAUAUGCUUCCAGAAUCCAAAGAAUUCUACGAAAACACCAAGUUUGAAGCAGAGGCCUUCCAUCAAUGUUGAGAAACACACAAAAACAAAUGCCUUCAAAAGUGAGGAAGAGGAGGAGCUCACCGCCGGCUCUGUGAGGCACAACCUCACCUAUGGGUCGUGCCAGUCCUCUUACACAGCGAACGCAAGAGGGCACCUCCAGAGGAUCAUCUCCAUCGAGGAGGACCACCUCCCACACCUGCUCCACAAUGAUGGUCAGCCCCCAACCCGGCUUCAGGAGUAUAAUGAGGAAGAGGAAGCCUCAGACAGUGAGGAGCAUAUAGACUUGGUGAUGAGCGUUAUUUACCCUAGCGCAUUCACUGCCCAGCAGCAAGAGUCGAAGGAAGACAUGGAGAAAAGUGCAACCCCCUCAUCUCCGAGGGGUCAGCCCGUUGGCAAGGAGACCAGCCUGAAUGAGGAAGGUGGUCCCUCUACGCCCGACCGCCUCUUCAAGAUCGUCCUGGUGGGGAACUCCAGCGUAGGGAAGACGUCCCUCCUUCGGCGAUUUUGCGACGACUGCUUCCACCCUGGCACCUCUGCCACUGUGGGUAUAGAUUACAGUGUGAAGACAAUAGCUGUGGACAAUAGCCAGGUGGCACUGCAGUUGUGGGAUACAGCCGGACAGGAGAGGUAUCGGAGCAUUACCAAACAAUUCUUUCGCAAGGCUGACGGUGUGGUUGUGAUGUAUGACAUCACAACCGUGCAGAGCUUCACAGCCGUCAGACAGUGGCUGACAAGUGUGAAGGACGGCGCAGGCGAGGACAUCCCCAUCAUGCUCUUGGGAAACAAAACGGACAAGGAGGUCGAGAGAGAAGUUCAGAAAGGAGUGGGGGAAAGACUAGCCAAGGACUGCCAGAUGGCUUUCUAUGAGUGCAGCGCAUGCACGGGACACAGUGUGAUGGAGUCCAUGAUUCAUUUAGCCAGAAUUCUGAAAGAGCAAGAGGACAGGCAGAAGGAGAAGACGGUCCAGCUGAUCGGCGGCCCCUCAGAGAAGAAGAGAUCCUGCUGCUGACAGUAAAACAGCUGACACACACACACACACACACACACACAGUAGCACUACCCUUUUACUAAGACCACAUGAGGACACGUUAUUCUGAACGUCAGCACAACUGUUUCUCUCACAGUCUUCCACUUUGUGGCACUCUGGGUGAACCCAACACCACGGGCUGUAUGUACGUUGUCAUGUGUCACAGAUGUUAACGCACUGUUCUAAACUGUCCGCUCUAUGUUUACCCAAGUUGUUUGCAGCUUGAAAAAAAUAUUAGUAAAAUGAGAAGUAGAAUAAUGUAAGAAAGGUUCAUGGGGAAAAAAAAUAAAAAAUAUAUAUAUAUAUAUAUAUCAGCUGAACAAAUGUAAAUCAAACUGAGCCCAUUUUGAGUCAAACUAAGACCUUUUCUGUUUUUAAAUGUGUGUGUGUGUGUGUGUGUGUGUGUGUGUGUGUGUCAAAUAUUUAUUUAGCUUCCGGAGGCCUUUUAUCUUUCACAUGUGGGCUUUUUACUCUAUAUAUUUAAGUAUUCAAUCAGUGUUAUGUGUAUUUUUUUAGCUGUUUUAGCUUCUACAAAUACAUGACACUGACAUAAAAACACAAACAACUGUAACAUGUAAAGCUUUAUCAAACACCCUUGCAGUAAACACUACCGUGGUGAAGCUUUUGGUGUGUCAGAGAGGUGUUGAUUUUACUUUUAGGGCUGAGAUUAGUUGCAGUGUAAUGUGGCAUUGCAGGAUAUGGCACGGGUGUCUUAGUUUCUUCACAUGGUGGACAACAAGAACAAAACAACGACCACCGUGCACCACAGUACCAAAGUAAUGCGCUUCUGUGUUUUGUCUGAAUAUACAAAAUACAUGGUGUAUUUCAGAAAAACUGAAAAUGAUUAGCUUCAAAUGUAGCAUUUGUUGCAGGGCUGUCAUAUUAGCAUUUACAGCCGUUUGUGUUAUUUUGUCCUCUGUAUAUUUUCACUGAUCUGUAGUUUUGUUGUUUUUUGUUGUACUAGUGCUGAAGGUUGUUCAUUUAGUUGGGAGGUCGGCUCAGUCGUGUGUCUAGAAAAUAACAAAGACCAUUAUUUUUCCCCAAAAAGACGAAAUGAUGUGUAUCACCUUAAUCUGCCUCUGUGCCAAGUAUUCUAUGUAAAUGGUGUCACUAUAACUUGUUAAGCUAGUUAUGUAAUCUGUAUGUUUCAGCAAGGUUCAUAAUUAACGGACUUUGGUAAAAAGUUCUGAUUUCACCAUUUAAUAUUGCACUAUGGUCACUAAUAGUGCUCCACUACUGCCAGUGUCUUGCACAUCACUUUAAUGUAUAUAACAAACAUGUAAAUACAAAAAAACUAAUAAAUAAAUCAUUGUUAAUGUCA